AUGGCAAAUAUGAAUACAUCAGACGACUUAUUACGAUGUCCAAUUACAAUGGAUCUAUUUCAUGAUCCAGUCGUAGCAUCCGACGGCCAUACUUAUGAGAGACAAGCGAUCGAACAAUGGAUUCGAAGUAAUGGAACAAGUCCACUUACACGACAGCCAUUAUCCAUUGAUCAACUCCAUCCAAAUCGCAAGGUGAAAGAACUCGUUGAUGUAUUUGAGACCUUACUGCGCGAAAAAAAUUAUCAAUUUAUAUUAGAUGUCGAUGUGAAAAAGAAGACAGUACGACCACUGUUUCAGACAAAUGGAAAAAAGAUUUUUGCUGCUGAGUGGUUACACGAUACUACUAAUCGACCAGAAAUCAUCCUACUGAAAAUUGAUGGCGCUCGGGCAAGAAAAGAAGCAUCUUUCUACGUGAAUUUAAGUCGUCAUCCGCAUAUUAUUCGAACAUUUGGUUUCGUAUACGAUAGAAAUAAUACCGACCAAAAUAAUUCAGCUCUGCUUUUACAAGAAUAUGCACGCGGAGGAAGUUUAUCUGAUGUAUUAGAAGAUCGAAGGACAUCUCCUGGCGAAAAAAUUCUUAUUCAAAUAUUUUUACAAAUUAUUGAGGCAAUGAUAUGUCUUGUAUCUAAUCACAUUGUUCAUGGCGAUUUGGCAUGUCGCAAUGUAUUAGUUUUUCGUUUCGAUGAGAAUCAACCAGAAAAGAAUAUUGUAAAAAUCACCGACUUCGGCCUUAGUCGACACAGUCAGUUGUAUUCAAUGAUAUCAAGUGCUACAAGAACUAUAUUGAAUUUAGUUCCUGUUCGAUAUGCAGCACCAGAAGUACUUUUAUCAAAGGAUACAUCGGAUGUUUAUACAGAAAAAUCAGACGUUUAUUCAAUGGGUGUGUUAAUGUGGGAAGCAUAUUCUCGAGGUGCAUUGCCAUGGGCGAACAUUGAAAACGAUGAUGAUGUCGCUCGACGAGUCACACAUGGUCAUUUUCUGCCUCAACCAUCUAAUUGUAGCCAACCCUUCUGGUCGAUCAUCACAAAAACUUGGUCUACAUCACCAAAUAGUCGCCCGACAUUUAGAGAAUUGAAACAUCUUCUCAAUGAACAAUACUAUCGUUCUGGUUUUAUGGCAGAAACCAAGAAUGAACAAAAUCAUGCGAGCAACGAAUAUGGUGCUACGGGCGGUCAAAGAAGAGUAGUUUCACGACAGCAGGAAGACCAAGAUCGAACAGGAAUCCGAAAAGACAAGUUAUCUGAAUUGCUCAAAGGAUUGUUGGUACCAUUUGGACCAGUUGCAGGAGCAGGUAAGGCAUUAAGUACUCCAGAUGAAGGUGUAUGUAUUCAUCUUGUUGAGCUUUCUGGGCCCCCUCAGCAAAUUUUACAACAUUCUCAACAACAGCGAGCUCGUGCUUCUGGUUAUGACGAGAGGGCUCUUGUUAUCGGUGGUGUUGCUAAUCCUGCCUCUCACUUUCCUGAGGUCGCUGCUCUUCAAAAGACUUAUGAUUCUCACUACGUGCGUGGGAGUCCUGCUUCCCAAGAACAACGAAGUACAAUAUCAAAGAAAAUACCAGAAUUUUCUCAAGAAAAGGCCAAUUGUGGUGGUCGUGCUUGUUAUAAAUGUGGUCGAUGUCGUGAUUGGCGUUUUGACGGUCCUGAUGAUCAUUGGCAUAAAAUUCGUGAUUGGCAGAAUUGGACAACGGACGAGUGGUUGGUUUUUGAGCUUGAUCAUUGGAAAUCUUACUGGCACCGUCGUUUUGAUGCGACUUGUAAUAGUAAUCUCUGUUAUGGUGCUCAUGCGUUUAUUCUCCGUGAUGCCAAUGAUGAUGAAGUUGCUAGCGCCCGUCGUCUUUUUCCUGAUUUGUUUCCUAGCAAUAAGAAAAUUCUUCGUCUUACUGAUGGUUUUGAAAACUUGAUAUGUGUAUGUGACAAAUGA